AUGUUCAAGGCCUUAUCAGCCGGGGGCCGUUCAUCCGAUGCCCGCAGCAGCUCCAGUUCUAAGAGAAGUAGCCGUCGCAGAACAGAUUCCAAAGCUUCUUCAACAGUGAGCCGCAAGCCCUCACGGGGUGACGACCGUGAUCGAGGCUUGGGUGACCUGUCAGCCUACUCAUCGUCUGGAAACCACAGCAAGCGCUAUGCGCACAGUGCGGCAGGCGAUUCCAUUGCGUCGAGCUAUGCGACGGCGGAACCUCAUAGCGCGAUCGGACCCGACCGCAAUAUCAUCCAAGGGGCACCGAGGCGCAGAGAUACCGACGAUAGUGAACGUCGUGAUCGAUAUCCGGACAGCGAUGACAAACCCCGACGCAGACGCACUCGCUCCCGAUCGCAGAGUCGCGAACGAACCCGGGAACACCAUGACAAUACAGAUAAGGUUGAUGAUGGAAAUCGUGCAAGUGGCCAUCGUCGAGAGCGGCAACGAACUCAGCCUGAUGAAAUGCCAAAUGUGCCCAUUUCUGGUGCUGGGGCAGACUUAGCUCCGAAGGUGGGAACUUUUGACCAUCCUCAAUUCCCCCCGCCGUUCCACAACACACUCCCAGUGACAUCUAUGCCAAGUUCGCCCAACGUGCCCAGUGUCUACGACCCUCAUAUACAGCAGCAGUUCCCGGGCCAGUUUCCGGCCUUCGUUGCCGAACCUUACCAAUCAAACCCUGCAGGCGCAGCAGCCGAUUACUACGGCGACCAGGGACAGUCAGUCGCACAACAACCCGGGGUUCGGCCUGAGCCACCAAAGAUUAUCCCCAAUAACCAAGCGCACUUGAUGCCAGCAUCACCGCAUCCCAACCCGCCGCCUGAGCCUAGUAGUAUGGGACAGUCCCCCGCAGCGGCUGCGUAUUACGCAGAUGAUGCGGAUGACGCAGACCCAGAGAUCCAAGUACCCGAACAAUCAAGUAGACCGCCUUCAGGACCGACACCCAAACCUCCCAGGCCAGUUAUACAGACUGAAGAGGUCUCCGGGCCUUUUGCAACCGUUACGCAUGACGAAGGCAGCCCUCAAGGUAUUGGCUCUGGGUCCUCUCCGUUGCUAGCCGAGUCCUCGACGCCUACGGUUGUCCCGCUUACUGGUGCAAACCCCUCCAAACCGCCCAAUGUUCAUGGUAUAGGUCCAGUGGUAAGUGUGGCAGAAGGUUAUAUGACGGGCCAUCAUCAUCAACCAUCCUUGAACGUAGAACAUUCCUCUCAGUCUGGCAAUCAGAAUCACGACGAGGGUUUCCCGAACGUUGUGGGAUACGCUGGUCCAUCUACGUAUCCGGAUCAGCUAAAUGCACCACCCCUCUAUACUGCUACUGAGGAGACAGCAGCGUACGCUGCCCACCCGUCGCAUCCUCAUCAUGCAGCUCUCUACCACGGAGUACCAUUUCAAUCUGGGGGCUUGGCAUUCCAGCAACGCCAACGGGGUCCGCUGGACAAAUUACUCGACUUUUGGCGUGACGCAGAAGGGGUUGGUAUGUUCGAGGAUUACACCGAAACCAUUGGUGUUUGCAAGCACUGUUUUGAACCGGGCACCUCGUCGCGCGACGCACCUCGAAAACAUUAUUAUAGACCCCGCCGUCGCUCCCACAGCAAUGGCUCUCGAGUGGACAAAGCUCGUCGUUACUCUUCUUCAGAGGACGAAGGUCGACGUCGCAAGAAAAUCUCCACAAGCUCCUGGCUGCCUACAGUGCUUGCUGGGUACACGCUCUUCAAGACCAAAGACUCUGGAAAUACUUAUAAUGUUCGAUCAGGCCCACUCGUAAACUCGGCAUCUGAUAAUGAGAACCUAUCAACGCCUGAGGAGGGAAGUCACACAUCUCGUGGUGUCUAUAGGCGUUCACCCCGCCGCUCCUAUGAAGACCCGCCAGACUACGGAUCUCGACGGCUGUCCCGCUCAAGCUCCCGAUCCUCGUCAAGGUCUAAGAAGCAUCCUGCACUCCAAAUUGCCGCUGACACAGUAACUGGGCCUACAAGUCAGCCACACCGCAGCCGGUCACCCCGGAAGUUCAAAAGUCGGGAAUCCUCAUCUUCUGAAUCAUCUUUUGUGGAUAUCUCUAGACCAGCCAUGAAAUCUGGGGGUAAAGGCUUGAGCUCAUUUUUCACAGCCUAUUCUGAGAAUCGCAGAAAGUGGCAGCCUAAGAAGCGGAGAAGUAUAUUUUCAUUCAACAACUCGUCAUCAUCCUCCCUAGAUGCUGAUUUAGCAUUUGGAAAUGGUUAUGCCAAAAGAUCACCAGGGAAAUCUAAAAAGCGAAGCAGGAAGAAGGAUCACGACAAUGUGGAUGCGGCACUACUAGGAAUAAGAGAGAGAGCAGCUGUAAUGGCUGAUUCAGCUUACCAUCCGAGUCAACGAACAGGUGAGCUACUUGUGAAAAAAGAACCUACAUCCGCUCGUUUGGGUUAUUCGUCGUCUGCUACCAAUGACGACGCUUGGGAGGACGUGGACUCAGGGGACCAAUCGUCAUCCAGUGUCAGUUCAGCACUUGCUUUCGGAGGUAGUGGACUUUAUGGUAGUAAUGCGUCACCAUCUUCUGAUUCUGGUACAUCCUUGUGGGGGUGGAGAUGGGGAAACAGGAAGGGCAAGAAGCAGAAGAGAACGAGGUCCAACGCACCGGGGGGUCGUUUCCCUACUAAUGCUGCUGUAGCGGUGAAAACAGCCGAAUUAGCCCAUGGCUAUAACAAUCGAGGGAGACGUACCAGCGAGGACAUCGGUAGUGGUGCUGGGAAACUUCAACAUGUGGCUCCUGUGCCCACCAGCGAUCCUUCACGCUUUGACGCUGUCAACGUAUGGCCUUCACAGCCGGCACUGAUUAGCCGAGAACCUAUCCCUCUUCAACAGCCCCAACCGGUGGCACCGGUCUCUCAAGCUGUCUAUACUUCGCAAGGAGAGACGUUCCCUGCCUACACUACACCACCUCGUCCCCCGCCAUUUGCCAAUACCUUUACACUAUAUGACCACCAAGCUCAAGGUUCACGAGAUAGCCCUAGGGAGCAGGAAAUCCCCCUUUACCAUGGAUCCACUGAUAUGCCAUCAAAAGUUACCCGGCCCCCUCGACGAAGUGACUCAUCGCCUGUGUUUCACACGGAGUCUUUAGAGGGUACAUCGGGUGUGAAGCGUCGUUUUACCAUGAAAGACCAGGGUUCUGUACAGUUUGACCUUACUAGGGAGCAAAUAGAAAGAGAGCGACGAGCAAAUAACCUUGAGCGUCAAGAGCGUGAUUAUGGGCGCCAAGGAGUUCAACUCAUUGAUAGGGAGAGUGAGAUGGCGACACGCGAGGAGAAUGAACCUCGAGCGGAGAGAAGCCCAGCAUCGUGGGUUGAUCUAGGUACAGGUGUACUUUCCGGUCAAGGCUCUAACGGUGGCUCCGAAUCCAGCCAGAGGAGUCAUUACGAACGUUCAGAGAAACGGCGCGCAGAAAGACGCCGUGUGUCAGGUUCUGAAAUAUCAUCCGGCUUUCCCAUGCCUGAACGUUACAACGAUGGUGUUGGCCAGCGCCCGAACCAGUUCACUGGGCAAGACCAUGUUAAGACUUCAGUGUUUCGUGACAUUCCCCGCAAGAAGCCAGUUCAUGAUAAUUAUGCACAAUUCUUCGCGCCCGAAGAGUUGCAGUAUAGCCCUGACACAUACGCGCGUCGGGAACCCGCUUCAGUGCCCACUAUCAUAGAAGUGGAGCCUGUAAGUCAAAAAAUAAAGGCAACAGAGGAGCCCCAUCCAAAAUAUCGCGGACUCCCAUGGCCAGUUCCAGAGCUCAAGCUGGUUGAGCCUACACCUCCUCAAAGCCAGAGUGGUUCCGUCAGAGAUAUUGCCUCCCCGAUUCCAUCGCCGCCAGAGGUCCCUGAAGAUGAUAGGGCAUCAAAGCGAUCAACAACAGGCUCCCGCGUAUCUUGGGGCAAGGAUGAGACUUGCGAAUAUGAAGUCCCAUCUACAUCCUCUGAACUUGACCCCGUCGAUCAUGACAUUGCGGCAGACCGAGGACAGGAAAAGCAGACUGAUAGUGAACCCGCCCGAGAAAUUGUGACCAUUCAAGAGGAUCUGUCCAAAAACGCCACAGGUGAGUAUGAUCCUGAUAUUGAAGUCGCGGCAACGGCCGCUGCAGUUGCUGCAGCCUUGGGUGUUGAGCCCUCCUUCGUGUCGGAUAUCAGGGAAAAGCUCAUCUUUCCGUCCGGAGCUCGUGACUGUGUUGGUGGGGCGGCAACACCCGAUGAUGGAACGAAGCAGCCAAUUUUAGGGAAAUUUGUUGCUAACAGUCCACUUUACUCUGAGCCAGUGUCGAUGGGUGACGGUGUUAAAACGUUUCAUGACAAUCAACCUCCAUCAAUUGCGCAAGAAGUGAUCCAGCAGCUCACCGGAGAGCAAGCACCUGAGGUGGGUGGACUUUCCGGAAGGGCUGUGGAAAAGCCAAAUGAGGAAUGGCAAACGUUGGUCUUUCGAGACAAGCGCUCUGGACCCGAGUCACCUCCAGAGGAAGCUUUGCAUAUGCCUAAUGGAUCCGAACUAGAGGAGUCAACCAGCCAGCAGGAGCCGCAUGGGGCUACACAAGAACCAGCUCACGGUGAUUCAAUGUCAACUAUCUCAGCUGCCAUACCUAGACAUAGUGAGAAACAGAUGGAGGAAGCUAGUUACCGCAAGGACAGUCGCGAACCUGACAUCCCUAGUAGAGCCAGUCCAUCUGCCAUUGAAGGCAGCUCUACUAUUGGAAAGAAGCCAAGCAAAAGACAUUCCAAGUGGGAUACCGAUGCUUUCGAUGACUCCACCUCUGUGACAUCUUCCCCAGCCAGAGUUGAAGAGACUAGUGAUCGCGUCAGAAGUGCGGAUGAACAGACAAAAGAAAACAGAGCAGGUGGUCUCUUAAGUAAUAUGUUCGGCUCUAAAGUUUCCGAGCCGGUAGCAAGCGAUAGCUAUCCGUCUCGCGAGGUUCAAUCCGAAGUCGGGCCACCGGGUUCCAAGGAGUCUAGACGCCAACGAAGGGAGGAAAAGCGGCGGUAUGACUCUAGCUAUUUUCGUUGUUCGUAA